CGAGUUACAUGGGCGUGGUGUCAGUUAAAUUCGCUUCCGAUUCUCUCAAUUUCAUUAGAUUGGAGCUGCAGAUUUCUCUUUUCAAUGCGAGAGAUCAUAUUUUUAAAGCGGAAUUGAGGUUUGCUGCAUUCCUGCGUAUUUCAGCAGCUGCUUUGGAGAGAGAGACAGAAAGAGUUGUACGUUUCUGCAACUACCAAUUUCCUGGUCAAACUUCCGUUGCGAAAGGUCUGCCCUUGGCUUUCACCUCAUCUUAUCAUGAAGUCGACCGAAAUAUUAAGUGAAAAAUCAAGUUCAAGGUCUGUGGCUUAAAGAGAUGAGCUAAUGGAUGUAUAACAAAAAAAUCUACCUCUGGUUGAGAGAGAACAAAAUGCAAUUUUGUUAUUGGCGCUGAAUACAUGGGGCGUCGGGUGGAAAUUUCACUUCUUUGUUUCAUUAUCUUGCUCUGGUUUCAGCAGACUCUUUCUGAUGGGCCGGCAACAAAUUCCGACACAAACAAGUGGGCAUGCACGUGUUCUAUUGCACGGGAACAAAUCUUGGCCUUUGUCCUGGAAAACUGCUCUUCUUCAUGUGAUUGUAUCCCUGCUGCUGGAGGAUCGGAUGAAAAUAGAUGGACUUGCAUUUGCUAUGCUGGUGGGUUACCUAGGUUAGUAGGUGAAAAAAAUGGAAGCAGCUGUUUUACGGCGUGUAAUUGUAAUGCUGGGACUUUAUCCGAGUUAGAGCCUUCAAAGAAACGGUUUCCAGUCAAAGUUGUUUUCAUAGUUCUGUUGGUCUGUCUUGUCCUGGCGGCUAUUGGAUUGGCUGCUCUAAUGUUAUGGCAUGUCUAUAGAAAGGACAAAUAUCCAAUUCAAUGGGAUUCAUCCUCAUCAGAUAGACUAACAAGUUGUAACAGUGCCGUAAACUUGAUAAACCAUAGUUCUUCUCCUAUGCCAGUAUACAGAGGAUAUCUAGAUUCCUCUGCCAAACCUUUUAUGGGAUGCAUUCCCCAGAAUCCAUUCUUGUUGAGAAGGGGAACAAAAGCACUGCAUGGAACGAUAAUACAGUUCUCAUAUUCUGAGUUGGAAAAUGCAACAAACAGAUUUUCUGAUACUAAUUUGGUCGGAGUAGGAGGAUGCAGUCAUGUCUACCGUGGUAAUCUUAAAGACGGUAGAACGGUUGCGGUCAAGAGAAUGAAAUCGGAAGGUGGCUCGGAUGCCGAACAUGUUUUCCUGGCUGAGAUACAACUAAUUGCAAGACUUCACCACUGUCAUGUGGUUCCUUUGCUUGGAUACUGUUUGGAACACCAAGGGAAGAAUGUUGAGAGGCUACUUGUAUUCGAGUAUAUUCCCAAUGGUAAUCUCAGGGAAUGUCUCGAUGGGGAACUAGGCCAAUGUUUGGGCUGGAAUACUCGAGUUUCAAUAGCUAUUGGAGCUGCACGAGGUUUGGAGUAUCUCCAUGAUGCUGCUGCGCCUAGAAUACUGCACAGAGAUGUCAAAUCCACCAACAUUCUCUUAGACGAAAGAUGGAGAGCCAAGAUUACUGAUCUUGGCAUGGCUAAACACAUUCAGAAUGAUGGCAUUCUCAGCUGUUCCAGUUCUCCAGCUAGAAUGGAAGGGACCUUCGGUUACUUUGCACCAGAGUACGCAAUUGUUGGACGAGCUUCCCUGAAGUCUGAUGUUUUCAGUUUUGGUGUAGUUCUCCUUGAAAUCAUCACUGGUCGAAAGCCUAUCCACAAGGCAUCGAACAAAGAGGCAGAAAGUCUCGUGAUAUGGGCAACAGCUCGUCUGCAUGACAGUAAGAGAGUGAUACAUGAGUUGCCAGACCCGCGUCUCCAAGGCAAGUUUGAAGAAGAAGAGAUGCAGGUAAUGGCCUACUUAGCAAAGGAGUGCCUGCUGUUGGAUCCUGAUUCUCGACCAACCAUGAGCGAAGUGGUCCAGAUUCUUUCGACUAUCGCUCCGAACAGAUCAAAACGGAAUAAUCUGCCACUGUGCGCUUUCCAGUGUGGAGUGAAGAGUGAGAAUCCAGAGAUGAGUGAUGGAGAUCUUCACGACGCAUCCUCCUCUUCGACAGAAGAGAUCAAGCAAAUCACGUCCGAGGUCAUCAGGAAUGACAAGGAAGCAGAAGCUUUGCCAUCCGACAUGGAGAAACUGAUGUUCUUCACCUCAAAGAGACAAAGCUCGCGGGGCCUACAAGACGACGAAGUGGUGGUGGAUUCAACAGAGAGUGAGAAGGAAGCAUAUGCUUUGCCAUCCGAUGUGGAAAAGCUGAUGAUGUUCCACACCUUAAAGAGACGAAGCUUGCGGGACCCACAAGAUGACGAAGUGGUGGUGGAUUUAACAGAGCCACGGUUGGAGACAUUCUGCUUGGCAAACGUUGAGUCCCAUAGUCUCAAGAUUUCAUACACAGGUACAUAAGAAACUAAAUCACAUUAGCAGCUGCUAUACAUUAAACCAAAAGAUGGAAUGAGCUCAGCAUUACCUAUGAAAUGUGAUGACUUUCAUUUGUAUUCCUUUUUUUCUUAAUUUUGAGUUGUAAAAAAUGUGUUAGGAUACGAUUGAAGGAGGAAAAGAGAAUGGGCAGAACAGUCGUAUAUAUUUUUCCACUUAUUUAUUGUAAUUUUUUUAUGUACCCAUAUAAUUAAUUAAAGUAGUAAUUUAAGAUCA